ACUAGGGAAUCGGGUUUCUCAGACGCAGCAGCGGGACUCAGGAGAUGGGAGGAGAGAGGCUGGGCCAGAUUUUCCUUCAGACACUCCCAGUCUUUCAAAGGCUCUGAGCUCAGCUAACAGUCCUAGGAGUUUCGCUGAAUCUGGACCUCGGAGCACAGAGGCAGCGUCCACACCUCCCUGGACCCUCCCUGCUCCUACACCCACCUCUGGACUGUCCCUCAGGACAUCUGUACUUUUGCAGCAUAUUUCCACUGGCAUGCGUCAAUAACAGAAAUGGAUCCUGAAGGCUCACGUAUACACGAUGAUCCAGACAUCAAGAUAAUGAUGGCAGGGUCGACUCUGAGGAAAGUCAAGUCCCGAUCCUGGAAGAAGCAGCGGCAUUUUCGCCUUCUGGAGGACGGACUGACAAUCUGGUACAAGUCCAGAUGGGCAGGCAGAGGCCACUCCACCUUUUCAGUGACCGAGGUGGAAGCGGUGCGUGAGGGCCAUGAGUCGGAGGUCCUGCAGAGCAUCGCCGAGGAGUUCCCCACUGACCUGUGCUUCACUUUGGUGUUUCACGGUCGCCAGGGCAACCUGGACCUCGUGGCCGAGUCCCCGAAGGAGGCGCAGGCCUGGAUCCAGGGUGUCCGCAAGCUGAUUCACAAAGCGCAAACCAUGGACGAGAAGGAGAGGCUGGACCAGUGGGUCUGGGACUGGUUUCAGAAAGCUGACAAAAACAAAGACGGGAAGAUGAAUUUCAAAGAAGUGAAGAAGCUGCUGAAGAUGAUGAACGUCGACAUGAACGAAGAACACGCUUUCCGUCUGUUCACGAUGGCCGACAAGUCAGACAGCGGCUCCCUGGAAAUCGAGGAGUUUGUCCACUUCUACAAGAUUCUCACUCAGAGGGACGAAGUGUGGAAGGUGUUCCAGGAGUACUCUGGAGACGGAGAGAAGUUAAAGCUGGAGGAGCUGGUGACCUUUUUGAGGAUAGAGCAACACGAGGGAGAGCAGAGCGGCACUCGAGCCCAGGAGCUGAUCAGCCGCUAUGAACCGUCUGAGACAGCCGUGAAGCAAAGCUCCAUGUCCUUAGACGGCUUCCAAAAGUACCUGUGCUCCCAGGAGGGCUCCAUAUUCAAACCCCAGUGUCAAGAUCUUCACCAGGACAUGAGCCGUCCUCUCAGCCACUACUUCAUCUCCUCGUCACACAACACCUACCUGCUGGAGGACCAGCUGAGAGGACAGAGCAGCCUGGAGGCGUACAUCCAGGCCCUGAAGAGAGGCUGUCGUUGUGUAGAGGUGGACUGCUGGGAUGGAAGUGAUGGGGAGCCGGUUGUAUAUCAUGGGCACACUUUAACUUCUAAAAUCCUCUUCAAAGACGUCAUUUCAACACUCAGAGAUUAUGCCUUCAAAGUGUCGGACUUCCCCGUCAUCCUGUCCCUCGAAAAUCACUGCAGCGUGGAGCAGCAGACGGUCAUGGCCCAACACCUCAGCCAAAUCCUGGGGGACAUGAUCCAGACGACCCCGCUGGACGGACAGAUCCCUCAGCAGCUUCCUUCUCCACAGGAACUGAAGGGGAAGAUUUUGCUGAAAGCCAAAAAGAUCGGUGGUCUGGAAGAUUGUCUGGAUGAAACCCUGACGGAUGAAGUCAGCGAUGACGAGGAGAUGGCCAACGGGGACGCGGAGAGUCCUUCUACAGAAGAUCCACCUGCAGAGAAAAAGGAUGGGAAGAAGUCCAAACUGUCCAGGGAGCUUUCAGACCUGGUGGUUUACUGCAAGAGCGUCCACUUCCAUGGCUUUGAUCACGCCCGCUCUCACGCCAAAUGCUACGAGAUCUCCUCCUUCUCUGAAUCCAAAGCCAAGAAGCUUGCGAAGGAAGCAGGGGCAGAUUUUGUGCAGUACAACACCAGGCAGCUGAGCAGGAUCUACCCUGGAGGCCUCAGGACGGACUCCUCCAACUACAACCCCCAGGAGAUGUGGAACGUCGGCUGUCAGAUAGUGGCUCUGAACUUCCAGACGGCCGGUCUGGAGAUGGAUCUGAACGACGGGCUGUUCAGGCAGAACGGCGGCUGCGGCUACGUCCUCAAACCGGACUUCAUGAGAGACGGCGGCGCUCAGUUCAGCCCAGAGAAACCGGAGGAGCUGCACGGCUACAAACCUCUGCGCUUAUCCAUUCAGGUGAUCAGUGGGCAGCAGCUUCCAAAGGUGAACCAGAAAGAGGGCUCUAUCGUGGACCCGCUGGUCCGGGUGGAGAUCUACGGAGUAUCCCAGGACCAGGCCAAGGAAGAGACCAGUCACAUCAACAACAAUGGUUUUAACCCCGUGUGGGAUGAAACUCUGAAUUUCGUUAUCAACGCCCCUGAGCUGGCUCUGGUUCGCUUCGUGGUGGAGGACUACGACAAGGCUUCCAGGAACGACUUCAUCGGCCAGUUCACUCUUCCCUUUAGGUGCAUCCAACCAGGAUACCGUCACAUCCAUCUGCUCUCUAAAGAUGGAACGGCCAUCCCUCCGUCUUCUGUCUUUGUUAACAUCAACAUUUCAGAGAAGACAUGAAGAAUCAGAGGAAGCUGAUGACGGCGUCGUGACCAGGACUUUAAUGAGUGGAAGGAAAGAAGGAAACAAACUGACUGAAGCACUUGUCGGCAGAGUCGUCUCCAUUAAGACUAAUUUAACAUUAAGAAAUGAAACCACUAACAGAAGUAUUUAAAAACCCAGUAUUUAAGGCGACAUGUCUGCCUGCACUUAUAUCUAACAUCUGGAAUAUUUUUAAUUAUGGAAGAACUUCGUGAAAGGUUUUUAGUAUUUAUAGUGAAACAACAUGAGGAUUCCUGCAUGUCCAGAAAGCCUGAAUAUUAUGACUGAACACGGUGGCAAAUAUCAGUAUCACUAUACUCAAAGACUCACAUCGUGUUGGUUAAUGUGCAGCAAAGCUCACGUUUACCAGGUUAUGCUGUGUCUAAUGUAAAUGUAUGUGUAUAUACGCUGAUCUAUACGUUUUCUGAACGGUUCAGUAAAAAUGAUCCAUGAACAAACGUGUGGCUCAUUCAUCGUAUCUUUAUUCAUCGGUUCUUUAUCACAACAUUUACCUUCUGAAAUGAAUAAUUGUUGAGGAUAUUCUGUAAUAAAAGUGAAUCUCAAAAGAGAAA